UUUACAGACCAGACCAGAAAGACAGUGAGAGAGAGAGAGAGAGAGAGAGGGAACAGAAGCUUCUUCUUUCCGGAAUUUGGUACUGGGCGCUCUUUAACUUCAUGAAUAUUCAUCAGGGGAAUUCCAGUUCACUUCCCUGAUCUUACCCAUUAAACAACUGAAAUUUUCCAGAGCAAAAGGCAGUGUGAAAUCUCUCCAACUUUUCAGCUCCUUUCCUCUUGAUUUUGUUAUGGACUUUCUCCAACACAAGAUUCGAGCUUUGCUCCUCCUCCAGCUUCAAUUCCCAACAAGGAAUAGCACGUGUUGCCAAAUUUUAUUGCAUGGAACACAUUAGCUGUUGCUGGUAAAGAUGGAAUUCUACUUCGCAGUUUUGGCUUUGGCUUGCUUGCAGUCAUUUGUAUUAUCUGAUUUUCAAGGAGAAGCACUUGCAUCACUGAUGGCUUCAUUGAAUGCAACAAACGAUCAGCUCAUGGGUUGGAAUCCUAAUCAAGUUGACCCUUGCACUUGGUCUAAUGUUAAGUGUGACCCUAACAAUAAUGUCGUCUCAGUAACGCUGUCAUCAAUGAACUUCUCUGGGUCGUUAUCCCCAAAAAUUGGUCUGCUCAGGACCCUUACUACACUUACUUUGCGAGGGAAUGGCAUAACAGGUGCGAUACCUGAAGAGUUUGGGAAUUUGACGAGUUUGACUAAUUUGGACCUUGAAAAUAAUCGGUUGACUGGUCAGAUACCGGCUUCUCUCGGAAAUCUUGAGAAACUUAAAUUCUUGUCUCUGAGUCAAAAUAAUCUUAUUGGAAGCAUUCCAGAUUCACUUUCAACUCUUCCCAGCUUGGUCAAUUUGCAGCUGGACUCAAACAAUCUUGGAGGGCAGAUUCCCCCAGCCUUAUUCCAAGUUUUCAAUUACAAUUUUACUGGAAACAAGUUGAAUUGUGGAAUAAAUUUACCCUAUCCAUGUGCAUCUGAGAGUGGCAGCUCCAGUUCUUCUCGUAAGUCAAAGGUCGGAAUUAUUAUUGGUGUUGUUGGUGGACUUGUUCUUCUCCUCCUUUGUGGCAUGCUUGUUUUCCUAUAUAAGGGCAGACAGAAGGGCUACAGACGAGAAGCGUUUGUGGAUGUAGCAGGUGAAGUGGAUGGGAGAAUUCCAUUUGGUCAGUUGAAAAGAUUUGCAUGGAGGGAAUUGCAAAUAGCUACAGAUAACUUCUGUGAGAAGAGUGUUCUGGGUCAGGGAGGUUUUGGGAAGGUCUACAAGGGGGUGCUUGCUGAUGGCACUAAAAUAGCCGUAAAACGGUUGACUGAUUUUGAAAGUCCUGGUGGAGAUGCAGCUUUCCAGUGUGAGGUUGAGAUGAUAAGUGUUGCAGUCCACAAGAAUCUCUUGAGGCUGAUUGGAUUUUGCACCACUCCCACUGAACGGCUCCUUGUCUAUCCCUUCAUGCAGAAUUUAAGUGUCUCCUAUCAGCUCCGAGAGAUCAAACCUGGGGAGCCUGUUUUAGACUGGCCUAUGAGAAAAAAAGUUGCUUUGGGAGCAGCACGUGGCCUGGAAUACCUACACGAGCACUGCAACCCUAAAAUCAUUCAUCGGGAUGUGAAAGCGGCGAAUGUCCUGCUUGAUGAAGAUUUCGAGGCUGUAGUUGGGGACUUUGGGCUGGCGAAAUUGGUUGAUGUCAGGAGGACCAAUGUAACAACUCAAGUUCGAGGGACGAUGGGGCACAUCGCGCCUGAGUAUUUGUCCACCGGGAAGUCCUCAGAGAGGACGGAUGUUUUUGGUUAUGGGAUCACGCUUCUGGAGCUUGUUACGGGUCAACGUGCAAUUGAUUUUUCACGCUUGGAAGAGGAGGAUGAUGUCUUAUUGCUCGACCAUGUCAAGAAGCUUGAAAGGGAGAAGAAGCUUGAUGCAAUAGUGGACCGAAACCUGAACAAGAAUUACAACAUGCAAGAAGUAGAGAUGAUGAUCAAAGUGGCUCUUCUCUGCACCCAGGCUUCGCCUGAGGAACGGCCCCCGAUGUCUGAGGUCGUGAGGAUGUUGGAAGGGGAGGGACUGGCGGAGCGGUGGGAGGAGUGGCAGCACAUCGAAGUGACUCGGAGGCAGGAAUACGAGCGGUUGCAGAGAAGGUUCGACUGGGGAGAAAAUUCCGUGUACAAUCAGGAUGCGAUCGAGUUGUCAGGUGGAAGAUGACCGUUUCUAGGUAACCACAGUUCAUAUGUAGAUUUGUUCUUAUUUCCUUUUUUUCCCUGAAAUAUUUUGGGACCGCAUGUUUGCAAGGUCGUAGCUUCAUCUGUUGAUGCUUUUGCAAGGUUCUAGUAUCUAGUUUUCGGGCACUUAUGCUUGCGCUUGGGGCCUGGAAUGGUUGGGUUAUAUGUAAUAUUGAUGUUGUAAAUUGAUUCUCGAACAUUUAAUUAGACACAUGCGAGCCGAUCAUAGGCUUAAUUCAAAUGCUGAAUUGAACUCCAAAA